AUGGCCCACCCAUUACAAUUAGGAUUCCAAGACGCAAUAUCACCAAUUAUAGAAGAAUUAUUACACUUUCAUGACCAUACCUUAAUAAUUGUAUUCUUAAUUAGUACCAUAGUACUUUAUAUCAUCACAUCAAUAAUAACAACAAAACUAACACAUACCAAUACUAUAAAUGCCCAAGAAGUAGAAAUUAUUUGAACUAUCCUCCCAGCUAUUGUCCUAAUUACUAUUGCAUUACCCUCAUUACGCGUCUUAUAUUUGAUAGACGAAAUUAACAACCCAUAUUUAACCAUCAAAGCUAUAGGCCAUCAAUGAUACUGAACCUAUGAAUACACCGAUUACGAAAACCUUGAAUUCGACUCAUAUAUAAUCCCAACCCAAGACCUACCAAAAGGAUACUUUCGAUUACUAGAAGUUGAUCACCGUAUGGUAGUUCCAAUAGAAUCUCCUAUUCGAAUAUUAAUUUCAGCCGAAGACGUUUUACAUUCAUGAGCAAUACCAUCAUUGGGGGUAAAAACCGAUGCCAUCCCAGGACGAUUAAAUCAAACAACCUUCACUAUAACACGCCCAGGUAUUUUCUACGGACAAUGCUCAGAAAUCUGCGGAGCAAACCACAGCUUUAUACCAAUCGUAGUAAAAUCAAUCCCACUAAAACUUUUCGAAAACUGAUCCUCACUAAUACUCUCCUAA